GCGCGCGUUACGCAACAGCCUGAACACGAAACCGUCGUUAAAAGGGUUAAAGAGUGUUUUUUAAAACUUUAACCGCGUUAUGCUUCCAGGCAGGUCGUGUGGUGGUCAGUAUGAGGCUGCAGUGUGAUGUGGAGGUCGUUAACCGCGCUUUACCGUCGCUCGGGCUACGGAGUACCGGCAGAUCCCGCCGCGCGCUUCUAUCCAUCGGGACACACGCGGACCGGAGCUCGCCGAGCGGCAGCCCGUAUCUGCUCAUCUGCACCGCCAGAGACCGCAGCGGGUCCAGAUACAAGCUGAAGGACAACAUCGAGAAGUUCUUCACCUGGUUCGUGGAAGAAGGCAAAGCCACGGUUCGGCUGAAGGAGCCUGCGAUAGACAUCUGUCUGAGUAAAGCUGACAGCAGCAGCUUGAAGAGCUUCCUCUCCGCCGCUCGGCUGGCUCACAGAGGAAGUGACACGGACUCGCUCCCGCUGUCGUCCCUCGGCCCGGCCCGUGCCCGUGAUGUGGAGAAACCCAAGAAGAAGCUCAGCAUUCUGUCCAAGAAGGACUAUCCGCUCACGUCCAGCUUCCCGCACUCUCUGGAGCAGCUGCAGGUGUCGUACUGCAGACUGACCCGUGUGGACCUACGCAUGCUGUCGCUGCGAGCGCUGCGCCGGCUGGAUCUCAGCAACAACCACAUCAAGAAGCUGCCCUCCACCAUCGGCGACCUGAGCUGCCUCGCCGAGCUGAUUCUCCACAACAACCACCUGGAGAGCUUCAGCGACGGCCUGUGCUCCUCGACCCUGCAGACGUCACUCCAGCAUCUGGACCUGAGUCAGAACCAGCUGCAGGUCCUGCCCGCUCGCUUCUGUCAGCUGCAGCAGCUGGUCAACCUCAAGCUGGACCAGAACAAGCUCCUGCGGCUGCCUUUCCACAUCGGCCGGCUCUCCAAGCUGCGCUUCCUGUCCGCCGCUCACAACCAGCUCACCGUACUUCCUGCCAGCUUCAGAAAGCUGUGCCUGGAGAACCUGGACCUGUUUGGAAACCCGUUUACACAAGCCAAUGCUCUGGAGCACACGAUCCGGCUCACGUUCCCGCUGAGGCUGCAGGAGCUAGCGUCCCGCGCCGUGGUGGAGCUCAGAAUCCCACACGGCCCUCACUCCGUGCCGCUGCACCUGUGUCACCAGCUGGACUUCUCUCAAGCCUGCGACUGCGGCCGGGCCUGUGUGGACUCCUACAUCCAGACGGCCGUCAGCUUCAACCUGCACCUGGUGUCUCACACCGUAGUGUUAGUGGACAACAUGGGCGGCACCGAGGCUCCGGUGCAGAAGCACUUCUGCUCGCUCAUGUGUUACUGUGAGUUCAUGGACGGCUGCGUGCAGCGUGACCUCAGAUGACGACGCGAGGAUCGCACUCUCGUGUGGUUUAGUGGCAAUGUAUGAGCGUCACAAGCGAGCACUGCUCGGUGUUUCAGUGUUUGUUCUCUUUUAGCUCGAUGUUUAAGGGUUUGUUCACUGGACAGUUUUGUGCAAAAGACCUUUAAACUCCAGCAUCACAACAUAUAUUUUGUGAAAUAAAUA